AUGAGCUCGCCUCUAAGCCCCUGUUUUCAGACUGAGCGCCGUUCCGCCGGCCCGCAGCUAACUGUCUCAGAGUGUGUGGCCCGUCCGUGUGGCGCUCGCUGUGUGUGUGUGUCUUUGCAUGUGGGGCUAUUAUCAUCUUCUCCUGUAAUCUCCACAAGUCCACAUAUCUCAAUCAGACCAUGAGAGCAAUUGUUAUUCUCUUCUGUCUGUCUCUGUGUCUUUAAACCAGGUGUUCAGUAUUCUCUGUGUCUUUUAAGCCAGGUGUUCAGUAUUCUCUGUGUCUUUAAACCAGGUGUUCAGGAUUCUCUGUGUCUUUAAGCCAGGGUUCAGUAUUCUCUGUGUCUUUAAGCCAGGGUUCAGUAUUCUCUGUGUCUUUAAGCCAGGUGUUCAGUAUUCUCUGUGUCUUUUAAGCCAGGUGUUCAGUAUUUUGAAGGAAGCUUAGCUCGCUAUUGUAUGCUGAAUUUGUUGUUGGUGAAAUACCAUGUGGGGAAGUUGUAUUAAGAGGUUUCUCUCCCUCCUUAUCCUCUCUCUCCCUCUCCUUCCCUCACCCCCUUCCUCUACCCCUUGCUCCCUUCCUCCGUCAUUCAGUCCUCUCCAUGCGGUGGGCUUUGCCCUAGCCUGUGGGGUCCCUGGUAUCACCAUGUUGACCCUGGCUGUGAACCCUCUAACAGGGGCCUUGGGGGCCCUCAACAUCUUCCUCUACACCUGCUGUUACACACCCCUGAAAAGGCUCAGCAUCAUCAACACCUGGGUGGGGGCCGUGGUGGGGGCCAUUCCCCCCAUCAUGGGCUGGACGGCGGCUACGGGUGCUCUGGAUCCAGGUACUGAACUGGAGGACACACACACACACACUUAUUGUACACCUCUGUUUGCUGGGUCCUAUGGUCCUCUCCCACACACACAGUCAUGAUACUUGGUCCUAUGUGUCUCCCUCACACACACACACACAGUAAUGAAUACACCCCAUCUUAUGUUUCACGAUGAAGCAGCCGGAUUAUGACAAGCUGUUCAAACUGAAUAUGUUGGUAAAUGUGGGAUUGAGGAGAGAAUAGAAGGAUACACCCACACUUGUUCUUCCAACUUUGGGCCAAAGAGCAGCUGUGGUGUGUUAUAAAGUUCAUACGUCCAUAUUAGACUCUGUGUAGACUCAUGAUAAUACAUUGGUGUUCGUUCCUACAGUUACGUAUGUUAAACUGAUCAAGUGGUUCAAAUCUGACACUUCAGAGCGACUCAGACGGGGAUUAUUGUUUUCCAAACUAGAUAUCAAGCUAGUGGGAAAUACACUGUUUAUCACAGCCUAAGUUAACAUGCUGUGUGGUCACUCCCAGGAGAGUUAGGAGCUAGGCUGUAGUGUAGAGUAGAGGUCAUUUUUCCAUGUUGUACAGAACCAGUCAAAAGUUUGGAAACACCUACUCAUUCAAGGGUUUUUCUUUAUUUUUAAUAUUUUCUACAUUUGUAGAAUAAUAGUAAAGACAUCAAAACUAUGAAAUAACACAUAUGGAAUCAUGUAGUAACCAAAAAAGUGUUAAACAAAUCAAAAUAUAUUUGAGAUUUGAGAUUCUUCAAAUAGCCACUCUUUGCCUUGAUGACAGCUUUGCACACCUGGAAUGCUUUUCCAACAGUCUUGAAGGAGUUCCCUCAUAUGCUGAGCACUUGUUAGCUGCUUUUCCUUCACUCUGCGGUCCAACUCAUCCCAAACCAUCUCAAUUGGGUUGAGGUCGGGUGAUUGUGGAGGCCAGGUCAUCUGAUGCAGCACUCCAUCACGCUCCUUCUUGGUCAAAUAGCCCUUACACAGCCUGGAGGUGUGUUGGGUCUUGUCCUGUUUAAAAACAAAUGAUAGUCCCACUAAGCGCAAACCAGAUGGGAUGGCAUAUCGCUGCAGAAUGCUGUGGUAGCCAUGCUGGUUAAGUGUGUCUUGAAUUCUAAAUAAAUCACUUACAGUGUCACCAGCAAAGCACCCCCACACCAUCACACCUCCUCCUCCAUGCUUCAUGGUGGGAACCAUACAUGCGGAGAUCAUCCGUUCACCUACUCUGCGUUUCACAAAGACACGACGGUUGGAAGCAAAAAUGUCACAUUUGGACUCAUCAGACCAAAGGACAGAUUUCCACCCGUGUAAUGUCCAUUGCUCGUGUUUCUUAGCACAAGCAAGUCUCUUCUUCUUAUUGGUGUCCUUUAGUAGUGGUUUCUUUGCAGCAAUUCGACCAUGAAGGCCUGAUUCACGCAGUCUCCUCUGAACAGUUGAUGUUGAGAUGUCUGUUACUUGAACUCUGUGAAGCAUUUAUUUGGGCUGCAAUCUGAGGUUCAGUUAACUCUGAUGAACUUAUCCUCUGCAGCAGAGGUAACUGGGUCUUCCUUUCCUGUGGCGGUCCUCAUGAGAACCAGUUUCAUCAUAGCGUUUGAUGGUUUUUGCGACUGCACUUGAAGACGGUUUCAAAGUUCUUGAAAUCUUCCGUAUUGACUGACCUUCAUGUCUUAAAGUAAUGAUGGACUGUUGUUUCUCUUUGCUUAUUUGAGCUGUUCUUGCCAUAAUAUGGACUUGUUUUUUUUACCAAAUAGGGCUUUCUUCUGUAUACCACCCCUACCUUGUCACAACACAACUGAUUGGCUCAAACACAUUAAGAAGGAAAUAAAUUCCACAAAUUAACUUUGAACAAGGCACACCUGUUAAUUGAAAAGCAUUCCCAACCUCCCGAGUGGCGCAGUGGUCUAAGGCCACUAGAGAUCCUGGUUCGAAUCCAGGCUCUGUCGUAGCCGGCCGUGACCGGGAGACCCAUGGGGCGGCGCACAAUUGGCCCAGCGUCGUCUAGGGUAGGGGAGGGAAUGGCCGGCAGGGAUGUAGCUCAGUUGGGAGAGCAUGGCGUUUGCAACGCCAGGGUUGUGGGUUCGAUUCCCAGGGGGGUAUGAAAAAAAGUAUGAAAAAUAAAAAGAUUACAUAAGUCGCUCUGGAUAAGAGCGUCUGCUAAAUGACUGAAAUGUAAUUCCAGGACUACAUCGUGAAGCUGGUUGAGAGAAUGCCAAUAGUGUGCAAAGCUGUCAUCAAGGAAAAAGGUGGCAACUUUUUAUAUAUUUUAUCUAUCUAUCUAUCUAUCUAUCUAUCUAUCUAUCUAUCUAUCUAUCUAUCUAUCUAUCUAUCGAUUUGUUUAAGACUUUUUUGGUUACUAUAUGAUUCCAUAUGUGUUAUUUCAUAGUUUUGAUGUCUUCACUAUUAUUAUACAAUGUAGAAAAUAGUAAAAAUUAAGAAAAACCCUUGAAUGAGUAGGUGAGUCCAAACUUUUGACUGGUACUGUAUAUCCGUAUAUCCACUAAACUGCAGCUAUUAUAUAGGUUAAAUUAUGUUUCUAUAGUUUGUCUUGUCAUUCCAACACAAUUAGUCUCUGCUGACUCCGUGAGACCUCUUUCACAACUGACAUUCAACACAACAGAGUUUGUAUGUAUUUCACUGGGUUGACGAGUACCUCUGUGACCAGCCCUGACCCCCCCCCCCCCCCCCCCACUACGACCAGACUUUUAUUUACAUACUCCACAACCCGGAGUCCCACGUUGCUAACACACACACAGUAUUGUGUGUGUUUACGAGUGCGCUAGCAGUGUGUGUCUGUGCGUGCGUGGAUGUCUCUAGUGGAUGAGGAAGUCAGAGCAGAGGGGGGUCUCCUCUCUCCUCUCCAGAUUGUUUGGCAGACAUGUUAAGUGUUCUGUUAUGGCAACUGUGAACUGUGUUGCAGCUUGUCACCGGGGUCUCUCAGUACGGUACACACACUAGUUUACACUCCCCAAGCCAAUAUCUUGGGACUUGCUCUCAACAAAAUGUUAAUCAUGAAUCUAUGGGCUUUUCACGUGGGAGUGAAUGUGUUUUAUUCCCAUUGAACUUCCGCUGGGGUUUUCUCUUCCCUUGGUGGCCCUCUUGAUUCAAUGACUGCUCUCAUGCUAUACAAUGACAUUCAUGCCCUUUCUGUAAAAAGGACCCCCUCAGAUUCGGCUAGAAGUAUGACUUGGACAUUGGCAUUUCAACAAGGUCAAUUGGGGGUCAUUUAAAUGUUUUAAAAAAUAAAGUCAUAAAAUAAUACAACAAAAGUCAAUCUAAACUGACAAUAGUUACCAUCAUCUGUCCUGGUAGUUGCUACUACAGGCUGCACUAUAGUCCUGUUUGAUCACUGUGUUUGGUGAGACCGGAGAGGUUUGCAGUAGAGCUGCCUUAUGGCCCUGUUUUCCUAGGGGAUUUAGGCUACUCUUGUGUUUACAAAACGCAAGAAGAGCGGAGUGAAACAAAAGGAAACCCUGUAUGUAACGCUCGGGUGCCUCUGCAGUGCUGCCGAGUGAGUCUUUGUGCCUUGGCGACCGGGCGGGUCUCCUGUUUCUCUCUCUGCCGCUACUUGCUCUCUGGUGGAGCGUUUACAACGCCACACCGUACACGUGGCCCCGGGCUGUUUGUUGCCCCCACACACACAGACAGGAUGUGCAAGGCGAGCCGAUGAAUGGGUCUCUUUCGCUCUGUUUAACCACAGGUCUGAGAGGAACAGAACAGACAGAAUGACAGGGGGAUUCCUCCUCUCUUUCUAGUGUCUACAACAUCCAUGUUCUCGUAUUCAGUUACUUAUUCACUCUCUCACCUCACAACAUCUCCUGUAUCCUGUACAAAGGCUGUGUCAUAGGGGUCAGGGCAGCGAAAUGUCCAGAAAGGAGAAUUUGAUUGAAGAAAGACGUAGAUGCAGUCAAAAAGGAAAUCAGUCCCUCCAGUAUUCUGCGUUGGCAAAAAAAAUAGCAAAAUCAACAAUUUCCUGCAUAUUAUGCACCGCACUGUUUUCCGUCAAAUCAUCACAGUUUUAUCGCAUACAACUGACCCAUCACCGCAGUACAAAAAGAAGGUAAUAUGGUUCAAUCAAGCCACAUGUCAACAAACUUUUUCCCUCCUCAGCGCAUUUUCAUGACGAAUUGGACAAAAUCAUUGCCAUGCAAAAUGUCAGAAUUGCUGCAGCAAAAUCAAGAAUUUCUGCCCACAAAUAUCACCAAAAAUCCCUGCAAAAUCCCUGCGAGAGGGACUGGGAAAUGCAACACCAAGAGAUUUGUGAAUUCUCUAUCUAGUCAUUGUCAAUAUAUUCUCUUCUCCCUCCCCCUCUCUAGGUGCUCUGUUGCUGGGUGGCUUCCUGUACUGCUGGCAGUUCCCCCACUUCAACGCUCUGAGCUGGAACCUGCGUGAGGACUACUCCCGGGGAGGCUACCGUAUGAUGUCUGUCACCCACCCGGGCAUGUGUAAGAGGGUGGCCCUGCGCCACAGCCUGGGACUGAUCGGUCUCUCGGUCCUGGGCCCCGUGCUGGACGUCACCACCUGGACCUUCCCUCUAGUCUCCCUGCCCAUCAACCUCUACAUCAGUUAUCUGGCCUUCCGCUUCUACCAGAAGGGAGACCGCAGCUCCGCCCGCAAGCUCUUCUUCUGCAGUCUGUGGCACCUGCCUAUGUUGUUGCUGCUUGCGCUCACCUGUAAGAAAUCCCGGACCGACAAAGAGGGCGUGGCGAAGACCUUGAGCCUAGCCCCAGCACCCCUGCCCCUCGCCAUGCAGAACUAG